AUGGCGGUAGGAAAGAACAAGAGACUGUCAAAGGGCAAGAAGGGUCUCAAGAAGAAGACCCAGGAUCCCUUCGCCCGCAAGGACUGGUACUCGAUCAAGGCCCCUUCUCCCUUCAACAUCCGAGAUGUCGGAAAGACCCUGGUGAACCGAACCACCGGUUUGAAGAACGCAAACGAUGCUUUGAAGGGUCGGAUCGUCGAGGUUUCGCUGGCCGAUCUGCAGAAGGAUGAGGACCACGCUUUCCGCAAGGUCAAGCUAAGAGUGGACGAGGUCCAGGGCAAGAACUGCCUGACCAACUUCCACGGACUGGACUUCACCUCAGACAAGCUGCGAUCCCUGGUACGCAAGUGGCAGUCCCUGAUCGAGGCCAACGUCACCGUCAAGACCACCGACGAUUACCUGCUCCGCCUCUUCGCCAUCGCCUUCACCAAGCGCCGGCCCAAUCAGGUCAAGAAGACCACCUACGCCGCCUCCUCCCAGAUUCGCGCCAUCCGCAAGAAGAUGGUCGAGAUUAUCCAGCGCGAGGCCGCUGGCAGCACCCUGCAACAGCUGACCUCAAAGCUGAUCCCCGAGGUCAUUGGCCGUGAGAUCGAGAAGUCGACCCAGGGCAUCUACCCUCUCCAGAACGUCCACAUCCGCAAGGUCAAGCUCCUGAAGGCACCCAAGUUCGAUCUCGGUGCCCUGAUGACCCUACACGGCGAGUCUACGACGAACGAGGAGGGUCAGAAGGUUGAGCGGGAGUUCAAGGAGCGGGUCCUUGAGGAGGUCUAA